CAUCUCUAGAUAGAGUGCAGCACCUAAUCAAACCAUUUGCGACCGUAAAUACAUUCCAAAUGCUCCGCUGAAGUUAAAUCUUAUCGCAGCAGUCGCACAUCGCAUUCCGUACGAAUCGCAACCGCUAACACAAAUUCGGAAAAUCCGUAAAAUGUCAGUGGCGCACCUGGUGUUUCUGGCAGUUGGCCUACUAGCCAGCUACGCGUUUGCGGGCGUUCCUCUUCCGCGAUACGAGGCGCUCCUCAAGCAGCAAUCCGCUCCGGCGGAUCCCACCUUGGGUCUCUAUGACGACACGGACAAGGUGAUCCGCCUGACGGUAAACAACUUCAAUGCUACCGUGGUGGACCAAAAUCGCGGUGCUCUUGUCGAGUUUUACAACACAUACUGCGGUCAUUGCCGCAGAUUUGCGCCCACCUACAAAAAGGUAGCGGAACACUUGUUACCCUGGUCCGAGGUACUCAUCGUAGCGGCAAUCGAUUGUGCCGCCGAAGAGAACAACGGCAUUUGCCGUAACUACGAAGUGAUGGGCUAUCCCACGCUCCGUUAUCUGGGUCCGGGUUUCCAACCGAGUGACCAGCACUACGGGCUGAAUGUAAUGUCGCAGGAUGUGAACGAGAUUCGUGAACUACUGGCGGGCAUGGUGGCCGCAGAGAAUCUAACUAGUAACCAAAACAACUCUUACUGGCCAAAUCUCCACUACUUAACGGAAAAUGAUUCCGCCAGCAGUGUGUUCGAAGGUCUCAGCAGCGCCAGGCAGUACGUGGCAGUUGUCCACGAGCCGGAAAACACCACUUUAGGCAUUGAGGUGGCACUAUUUAUGACCCCAUGGCCAGCGGUGGAGGUCCGCCGUGUCAUCGACCCUGCGGUCGCUGCUAAGUUUAAGAUUGAUCCUGCCAAUUCACCUCUCAGUGUAGUUAAUCGCAAGGGAGAAAUUACGACAUACUCACCAGAAUAUGCCAACGGAGAAUCCUAUGCGAAAAAGCUGGAAGAAAUUCUAGGAAAAAAGAACAUAACUCCCAGGCCAGUGAAGCAACAUCAACAGCCAACUACGCCAGUUAAUAUCGCGGGACAAAGCGAACUGAUCAAGGAAGUUCAUCGAAAUAAGCACUUCAUCUACCAGGCCGAUCUCGAGCAGGCUAUUCGCACAAUACUGCACAAUGAGGUGUCCAAGGUGAGCGAUAUUAGCGGUGAGAAACUGCUCGCUCUUCAGCGGUUCCUGGUGGUGCUACAGCGUUACAAUCCUCUGGGCUCUAAUGGGCACCAUUUGGUGUCACAACUUAAGGACUACGUGGUGCAGUUUCAUAGUGAACUGAAGGGUAGUCAGUUCGAAGAAGAGGUAAAGCGUAUGGAAGCCCAAUUGUCGCCCGUUUAUUCCUCCACUCAUUUUGUGGGAUGUGCUGGAUCGAGUCCUCGCCUGCGCGGCUUCAGCUGUUCCCUGUGGACACUGUUCCAUUUCAUGACUAUCCAAGCGGCAAACAACGAGGAUUCCCAGGAUCCAUUGGAAGUCCUGCAGGCCAUGCAUGGCUACAUCAAGAACUUCUUUGGAUGUACAGAGUGCUCCGAGCACUUUCAGGCAAUGGCAUCGAGGAGAAAAAUCUGGAGUGUGCCAAACAAGGAGGAGGCUGUUCUCUGGCUAUGGGCAGCCCACAAUGAGGUGAACCAGCGACUUGCUGGUGAUGCCACUGAAGAUCCAGAGUUCCCAAAGAAACAGUUCCCCUCCCCGGAUAGCUGCAGCGAAUGUUACCGGUCGCCUGGAACCAAGUCGGAGAAUUUGGAGAUCGAGUGGAACAAGGAUGCUGUGUUGGGCUUCCUCAAAAAUAUAUAUAAUCCGCAGUUCAUCAGUCGAUACGGUGUGCAGCGAGAGGAGCUGCUCCAUCCCACUGCCGAUAAGAUGCGGCAGAAACGUCAGAUCUCCAGCGUCUUCACCGACAUCGACAUGCGAAUGGGCAUGCUGCUGUACGCCUUCUGCAUCGUGAUGAUGGUUCUGGCAUUUAAACUGUUCGCCUUCAAGGGUUAUCGCAAGAAGCCCUAUGGCCACGACAUUCUGGGCAAGGUGUAGGAUAAUCCCUCGGAAAUGAUUCCACUAAUUCAUAAACAAAAAAGACACCGAACACCGAGAAACGGAAUUUACUACGACCACCUCUUGCAUGUUUCGUAUUCGUGGCACCUAGAAUUAUGUUUAAGUUUAAAGUGUGUGUAUAUAUAUGAACAAUCUUCUUCCAGUUGUAGCCCUAUACAUAAUCGCUUUUUUACAACGACGAUGCACCUGAUUGUUUUAUUUUUUAGGUAUGCAAAUGUGAUUUUUCUCCAAAUGUGUGUAACUCCAGAGUCCGUUUGAAUAAAAACGAUCAAUGCUA